AUGGACAAGCACGUCGAAGCUCACGUCAAAUGUUGUCAUCCCUGUCAAUUGGUAGCACAACCACCACGCCCUGAACCAAUGCGUCCAACAGAGCUACCCAAAGAACCCUGGACCGAGUUAGCAAUCGACAUCUGUGGGCCAUUCCCGACUGGUGAGUACAUUGUUGUUCUCACAGACUACUACUCCAGAUGGCCCGAAGCCAAGACCCUCAAAACCGUUACCCCCGCUACAAUUCUGAAGUGGCUCAAUUCCAUCUUCGCCCAACAUGGCUAUCCCACAGUCCUGAAGUCGGACAACGCCUCCUACUUUACCUCUACACAAUUCAAAACGACCCUACAGUCCUGGGGAGUCCAGCACAAAACCGUGACCGAAUACUGGCCACAGGCAAAUGGUCAAGUUGAACGAUUCAACGAAGUCAUCAAGAAACAU